AUGUCUUCAUAUAAAAAGGUUUCAUCCACUUCUUUUGGGAGCAACAAUUGGUGUUUGAAGCUUAAACCUCUAUAUGCUAAAGGUUUAUUGGCAGGUUUGAGUAAUGGUCAUGUUAAUAUUAUUGAUUGGCAAUCAGGCAAGGCAUUCCAGGUUUUUAAAGCCUAUGAAAAUCCAAUCAAUGAUUUAAGUGUUAUAGAUGGCGACUUUGACAGCGGGAAUUUGUUUGCAGUGAGCUCUGGAAAUAAUGUAAAGGUAUAUGAUGUCAGGUUAAAUGAUUGUGUUGCAUCGAUUCAAAAUGACCAGGAAGCUCCGUUUUUAUCUCUAGAUUCACGUCAUGGUAUGCUAGUAUGUGGUACAGAGCUACAGGGUGUAGAUGCCAAGAUCCACAUGUAUGAUAUAAAGAAAUUUGGUAUUCCACAGCGAUCUUUUAUUGAUUCUCACCACGAUGAUGUCACUGACCUAAAGUUCCAUCCUACAGAUUCGAAUAUCCUUCUAAGCGGAUCUACAGACGGCUACGUCAACAUCUAUGAUCUCACACAACCUGAAGAGGAAGACGCUCUCCACCAGGUUAUAAACUUCUCAAGUAUCCAUUCCUGUGGUUGGUUGGCGCCAAACAGGAUAUGGACUCUCUCACACAUGGAGACUUUUUCCAUCCAUGAAUUGAAUGAUAAAUCAGAUUACCCAAGGGAACCCAAUCCGGUGGACUUUGGGGACAUCAGAGAGUCAUGGAAUUGUAACUAUGUUAUUGACAUUUAUCCGGGUUUCAUAGCAACUGGUAAGAACCAGGAAGAUGACAGUAUGCUACAACUAAUACCAUUUUCCAACGAACAUGUCAAUGUUGAGAGUUCACUGGUGGUACCUAAUGCACAUGGCAUGGAAGUGGUGCGUGACGUAUUGGUUCCUAAGCUGAACACUAGCGUAAUGUACUCUGGCGGGGAAGACGGCGAAGUAGUAAUGUGGAAGGCAAAAGCGCCAUUGAACAUAUCUUCAGAAUUUUGGGACUACUCUAAGCCCUGUAAUGUAUUUGAGGACAGCAUUCCAGAAGUGGACCUCACAGCAUCGGAGGAGGUAUCAAAUGAUGUGGUAGAUAAGGUUGACACAAGCGAAAAGAUUAGCGAAAAGAAAGAUGAAAAGGCCAAGAGGAAGAAAGAAACUCGUUCUAAGAAAGCGAAGAGUAAGGAACAUAGGUACACUCCUUAUUAA